CAUGCCCCCAUGGCGUUACCUUACAAAUUGAAAAUCCGGAACAUCCUAAAUUCUUCACGGUUCUCGCUAAUCCGCCCGUGCCUUCACAGUCAUCAUAAGCAUGUGAAGAUUCAAAAUUCCCUGAUUGAAUAUCAACCUCAGAAGAUAACACAUAGUAAUACAAUUUUGAAGAAAAAAAAAAAGGAAAAGAAAAUGAAAAUUGGAUAAACUAAGAAGCUAGAAAAACAAAAAAAAAAAAAGAAAAAUUAUUACACAUCAUCAUCAAAUAAUGUCCCAAAACAAAAGAGCGAACAGCCAAUCCCACCACCACACCCAAAACAAGAGCAGGAUAUCUUCGGAAACUUGCAAACCCAAGCCAAGAGAGAGUCUACACAGAAAAAUAAACACGAUAAACGAAAGUAGUAAAAAGAAAACAUGAGAAACCCUGCAACAGCAAAUACAACAACGACAACAACGACAAGAAACAACAAUGGAAGCAAGACUCCGUGCUGCAGCAAGGUAGGGCUGAAGAGGGGGCCAUGGAUGCCAGAAGAGGAUGAGUUAUUGGCCAGUUACAUCAACAAAGAAGGUGAAGGACGGUGGCGGACUCUGCCGAAGAGGGCAGGGCUUCUUCGUUGCGGCAAAAGCUGUCGUCUCCGCUGGAUGAACUACCUCCGUCCCACCGUGAAACGAGGGCAGAUCGCCGCUGACGAGGAAGAUCUCAUUCUUCGCCUUCAUCGCCUUCUUGGCAAUCGAUGGAGUACUCUUAAUCAAUUUAAUGGAUUUGUUCCGGGUAGGUGGUCACUUAUAGCUGGAAGAAUCCCAGGGCGUACAGAUAAUGAGAUAAAGAACUACUGGAACACUCACCUGAGUAAGAAGUUGAUCAGCCAAGGAAUAGAUCCAAGAACCCAUAAGCCUUUAAAACCUCAACAGUCACCAAGCGAUCUCAAAGCUUCUUCUUCCUCCAGGGCAAAUCGUAGGCCUGCUGCAAUCCCUAAGCCAAAUAAUCCUGCUUCUUCCAACUUGGAAGAGACUAGUAGCGAUCAAAUCAUGGCUGACAAAGAAAAUGCGAAUUUCCAGAAUCACUAUGAUCAAACUGAUGACAUAGCAAUAGGCCAUGGAUUCACCAGUCUGAUUAAUUGCGAUGGUUCUGGAAUGGAAAUGAGAAGCAGUAAUCAAAACCAUGGGAUAAGCAAUGAGGAAGAUGAGAACAUUAAUUACUGCACUGAUGAUGUCUUCUCUUCUUUUCUGAAUUCAUUGAUAAAUGAAGAUGCUUUCACCAACCAGAAUCAAAUGCAACAGCACCAGCAGAUCAAUGGAAUUUCACAAGCCGAUGCAGUGGUUUCAAUUACGGCAACAACUUUUAGCCUCGGCCAAGGUUGGGAAUCUCCCAUCAUGUCUACAAAUUUCAACCAAAAUGACACCAAGAGGGUUAAUGACCAUCUCCACUAGCUCUCCCGAAGGGUCAGCUUGCAUUAUGAAAUAUUGUUUCCUAGGGCUUGGUUAUUAUUUUACGUAUGCUAAUUGUCUAUUCUUGUUCCAUUUAAUUCGUCAUUGUGUUUUUAGA